AUACCAGUGCCUCAUCAGCGACACAUGCCGACAAUCCGGGACAUGGCAACCUUUGUGACAACGCAAAGACAACGACAUCAUCGAGGUCGUAGAGGAAGAGACUCCGUGUCAUUCUCCCCACAAUGACGGCCACCACGGGGUUAUCGAGGGAGAAAAUGGCGAGUAUGACUACUUGCUGCAACAAGUCUUUUUCCUCAGAGAACUUCAUCGGAUGGAUAGUCAGAGAUAUAGGGUGUCGAGUUUUUACAACAAUUUCUGGAGAGAGUACAGGGCAGCGUGGACGUGGAAGACAUUCUGUCACGCGGGUUUGACUCCCUCGUGGCUCAUCUGGGUAACUCGGAAAAUAUACGCCCCGAGGAUAUCGUCACCCUGUAUGUCCAUUAUGACGCCCUCAACGCCAUACCGUUCGUCAGGUCUGACUGUUCAAGGUGAAGAGGAAUGUGAGCCUGGAAAAUAUGGCGAUGGUUGUAGUAAAAGUUGUUCUCAAAACUGUGAACCUUUUCCAAAUGGCAUAGUGCGUUGUGACAAAGACACCGGAGGAUGCUUCGAAGGAUGCAAAGUGGGUGUGUACGGUGACCAGUGUGAGGAACCGUGCAGCAAACAUUGUCUAGGAAACACCUGCAAUCAGCACAAUGGACACUGUACUCGGGGAUGUAUAGAAAAUCACAUCGGCGUCUUCUGUGAGAUUUCCAGUGGGAUUACCAUCGUCCAUCAAGAUACGACCUAUAUCAGUGCAGGUACUACAACCGUUACCAGAGGUGAGGCACCGAUAAACAGUUCCCAGUUCGUCAUUCCAGUUGUUCUAACAAUGCUUGUCCUUGUGGGUGCAGUGAUUAUAUUCAUAUGGCGCAGAAAGAAGAGAAAGAAGAAGAAAAGUUCUCCUCGAGGUGGUCAGGAUACACAGCUUCUCCACCUCAUGGAAGCAAAUUUGAUGAAUGAAAUGCAGGAGAUGAAAGAGAUGAUGAUGUCAAUGCGGAAGAUGAUGUCUGGUUCUCCUCAACCCUCGGACAGCAGUGGAAUCUCACUUGUCUCGGAAACACAGAUAGAGUGCGGGAGGCGGAAGACGCUGUUGGGAUCCAACCAGGACGAUAGUGCCUGGAGCGAGGGGAUAGCACUGAUACCUGGGUCUUCACAGAAGUCUGAUGUACACGCCACGAGCGGAGAGGGAGACACAACGAUGUCUGGAACCCCCUCAAGACCUGACACACGAGCGACACCGACACCUGCACGGAGAGACGCCCGGGCAGACCACGACCUCCAUUCCGCCUGCAAGGAGGGGAAGCUGGCGGCGGUGAAGCGGAUCCUGGACACAGGUCGGACUGACGUCAACUGUAGUGGUGUGGUCGGGACGACACCGGUGAUGUGGGCAGCACUGGGGGGACACAGGGGUGUGGUGGAGUUCCUUGUGAGUCAAGGUGCUGAUGUGUCACUGGUGGACGAUGUCGGUAACAACACCCUUCACUGGGCCUGUGAGGGAGGAGACAGGAAGACAGUGGAGUUUGUCCUGUCUCUGGACGGGGUGGACAUCAACGUCAGGAACAACAUCGGACAGACAGCGGUGGACGUGGCGAGACAUGAGGGACAUACGAAUGUGGUGAAACUGCUGGAGCGUCAAGCUGUCACAUGAUGUAAAUGCGAGACGGCCAAUCAGUCGGCAGUGUUUUGGUAUAGACUGUGACGGGGGGACACUGUGUGUGUCGUUCACGUCGUAGUGUUUAUUUUAGUUUCAAGGUGAGAAUAUUUGUUGUGUUUCAGGAGAAAUAAAACUUUAUUAAACCUU